AUGAGUGACGUAUUCUAUCUAGCAACCGAGGAAAGUGAAGAAUAUGCUUGUGCCUCGUUACCAGAAUCUUUUGAUCGGUUGAACUCAGUUGAACCCGGUGUUUCGAAAGAAGAACAUCCAAACACUCCAGACAACAAAAAACAGGUCGGCAAAUCCAGUCGUACUUCAGGCGUCGUACGUUGCAUCGCUCACGGAUCUGAUCCACAACUUCUUGGGCCUCGUGUUGUUCCGCGCGGACCAAAUCGGCAAUUGGUUCGUGGUCCUGACCCGAAAUUACCUCGCGGACCGGAUCGCAGUCUUUUGCUCGGAUAUCACUCAACCGAUUCGCUGAACAGAGCAGUUCAUUUCGGUAUGGUCAAAUCGAUCUUGUGCUCUGAUCUGAUUUGA